CCGGCCGGACACUUGGCGGAAACUCCCGGCUAUGGCUCCCGCCGCCGCUCGGGAGGGGGCUGCGAACCCGGGGCCGGCGCUCGCCCCCGCUGGGCUGCUAAACUGGGCGCCCGGGGAGGGCCCCGAGGCGCUGUCCCUGAGCUCCGCCUCGGGUUCCGGCUGAAAAAGAAAGAAAGAAAGAAAAAAAAAAAAGUUUUUUUCAUGGUUCCUUCGUGUCUUCCGAGCGCGCGUUGGCCGGCCCCGAGCUGCCCCAAGCUUCCCUGCAGGAGGAGGAAGUGACAGCAGCUGGUGGGCAGCUAGCUGGCCCCCUGCUCCAGCCGCCGCCCCCCACCGCCUCGCCAUGAUCGCCACGGGCGGCCUGCUGAGGAUUUCCGCCAGGAAGCAGGAUCCUCUCCGCCCCCCCACCCAGGUCCCCAAGCGCAAGCGGAAAGCCAAGAAGAGGCGCAAGAACGACGUGGUGGUGGUGAAAGGCAGGCUGAAGCUGUGCUCCAUCUCCGGGCUCAUCGCCCUCUGCGGGAUCCUGGUGCUGCUGGUGGGCAUAGCCCUGGCGGUGGUGGGCUACUGGCCCAAGGCCAACGGGACCCACCGAGAGGGAGCCAAGCCACAGCCGCCCGCCAGCAGCGGCCCCCGGACACCCCCCUCGACGGACGGCAGCGGCGGAGGCAGCCAGAACCGGUCCGGGCUCUCCCCGGGGUCUCCGGCGAGCAGCAACUCCAGUGCCCCCGGCCCGGCCCGCAGCGCGCCCCCCGCGCGCGCCUCCGCCCCGUCUUCCGCCUCCCCCACGUCGGUGGGCUUCUUGUUCCGCGUCUUCUCGGGCUACCUGCACUCUGACAAGCUCAAAGUCCUGGGGCCGCUCAUCAUGGGCAUCGGCAUCUUCCUUUUUAUCUGUGCCAACGCCGUGCUCCACGAGAACCGGGAUAAGAAGACCAAGGUCAUCAACCUGCGAGACCUGUACUCCACCGUCAUCGACGUGCACAGCCUCCGCGCCAAGGACCUGGCGGCCGCCGCCUCCGCCUCCUCGGCCCCGGCGCCCUCGGGGGCCGCCCCCAUCAAUGGCUUCCUGGGCUACGUGCAGCCCCGGGGCCUGGAGCUGCAGCCGGGCGGCGCGGGGGACGCCUUCGGGGCGGCCGCCUUCCUGACCAAGGGCUCCUGGCCUCACCCCGCGGCGCCGGGCGGGAGCGGCUGCGCCCAGGUGCCCGGGUCCCCCCCGUCCCCGUCCCCGUCCCCGUCCCCGUCCCCGCGCGGCCCGGGGGAGCCGCCCAGCCUGGCCGAGGCCGUGUACAGCAUCUACCGGGAGCGCUCGGGCCGUCGCCGGACCUCCACGGCGGCCUCCGCGGGCAGCCCCAACCCGGCGCCCGGCAGCCCGUCGGCGAGCUGGAGACGGCCGGGCCCCGCCAGCUCGCUCGUGGGCUCGUCGCUGAGCGCCGUGGCUCUGCUGCCCCUGCAAGGGGACCGCGACGGGGACGCGGAGGGCAGCGGGCAGAGGCCUCCGGGGGCGACCCCGCGGCCCGGGGAGCGCGACCCGGACCCCGACCCCGGCCCUGGCGCGCCAGGCGCACCCGGAGAUAUGGAGGCGGCCGAGGGCGCGGGCCGUGCGCGCAGCGCCAGGGGGCAGGGUGGCCGUCUGCCCAGGACCGCCUGGCACGGGGCCCCGAGACGCCGCAGCGCCCCUGGGCUCCCCGAUCGCCCCGCGCCGUGCUCGCCGCCGCCCUCCCCCUGCAGCGCGGACCUGAGCGCCGCCAGUCUGCUGGGCGCCUCGGCCUCCCCGGAGCAUCCCCAGAGGCUGGAGGACGCGCCCCCAGCCAGGAGGGACUCGCCGGGCUCCGGGUCCGAGGAACCCGCGGGCGGCAGUGAGGGCUACACCCCCCUGAGAGAGACGGGCACCUCCUCCGAGUCGCUGGUGGGCGCGGACGCGGGUUCAAGCCCGGACUGGGAGGCGGCCUCCCCCGCGGGUGCUGCGGAGCACGGUCCCCCCGAGCGGCCCAGCGGAGCACCAGCCCAGGCGGAGUCGCCCCGGUCUGUGCAGAAGCAGUUUACAAACAGAGAGAAACUCCUCAUGAUUUCCAGGUCUCCUGCCUUGGCCUUGGGGGUGGAGGACAGGGAGCUGGAGAGCACAGGCAUUUAGGGAAAGAGAGAGGAAAGGCAGCGAAAUGCCCACGGGAAUCCGUGAGUUGAACAGGUUCUUUUUUUUUUUUUCUUUGUGAACUUCUCCGAGGAAAUCGCCCACUCCUACACAAAGAGCUGCAGAAUGUCUUCCUGGAAUGGUGGUUCCCUAGAUUCCUGUAGAUGACUCCAAGCAGGGUGUCCUCCUCUCCUUCUUUCUUUUUUUUAAAAAAGGAAUUUAGUCUUUUAUGUCCGAUGGUGAUUGUAUGUCCCACGAAAAACCAAAUGUAUUAAGAGGUCAGCAAUCUAGUUCAUUAGGUAAAAUCACCUUCAUUUUCUUAGAGCCAAAAUGAUAUAUAUUUUUACAGUAACUGUGCACUUUACUCCAACUUUUUUUUUUUUUUUGCAUCCCUAAUUCCUAGCACUCUGGCUGCUUUUCGCAUCUGCUUGUGGAUGACAAGCUAUGUUACUUUCUCCUGUGCUUUUUGGAUAGCAUAGAAGGGUUUGUCUCAGUCCUCUCAGAACUGUUCUUACUGAAUGACUUCAAAGCCCAAAGCAAAAGUCUGUCCUGUCCGCACUUUCCUUGUCUUACCCUUCACAGCUCAUCCACCUGUCCAAAAGCCUCUUUAGUUUUGAAAAGGGUAUUUACAUUUUGCUACCAGGAUAUCCAAUGGAGACUAGAGGGGGACAGCAUUUAGAUGCCUGUUACUUCCUCAAUUCACUAGAUCAAGUCCAUGAUGCUGUAUUGAGUAUUAUCACACCUGUAUUGAAAAUAACAUUAAUAUUAAAACUUUUUUUUUAAUAAAACAAGUUUCCAAACAGUCAAACACAA